AUAAAACGUCCGCCAUAUUUCUACUCUCUCUAAUAGCUCACACCAUCAAACACCAAUUAUAUAUCUCUUGUAGAUCUUAUACAACUCUUCAAGAGAAGCUUUGUUAUAUUUAUUUUAGUGAUUUAGGUUUUAUGUAAAAACGAAAAGUAUGAUCCUGAAGACGACACUAGAACUCUUCAAGGGGGAUGGAGUGUACUGUACGGAUCAUCUCGACAGAAGCCGAUUGGCUAGUCGAUCAUACCGGCUGAGUAAUGGAUCAAACCGGCUUUCUAGAAUCGGUACAAUCCAUUGCAAACGGUUAAGCAUAACGAAGACCGGUAUGCAUGGUGGGACAAAAGCUCGAGCCGUCCUUAGCCCUGUGUCCGAUCCGGCAGCUUCCUUAACCAAAAAGCGAGUGUUCACCUUUGGAAAGGGAAGAAGCGAAGGCAACAAGGGCAUGAAGUCCUUGUUGGGAGGUAAAGGAGCGAACCUGGCGGAGAUGGCGAGCAUAGGCUUGUCGGUGCCGCCGGGGCUAACCAUAUCCACGGAGGCUUGUCAGCAAUACCAGGUCGCCGGCAAGAAGCUACCAGAAGGUUUAUGGGAAGAGAUUUUAGAAGGUCUUAGCUUCAUCGAACGAGACAUUGGAGCUUCCCUCGCCGAUCCCUCCAAGCCACUCCUCCUCUCCGUUCGCUCCGGCGCCGCCAUCUCAAUGCCCGGUAUGAUGGACACUGUACUUAACCUAGGCUUAAACGACCAAGUCGUGGUCGGUUUGGCAGCCAAGAGCGGAGAGCGUUUCGCUUACGAUUCUUUCCGGCGGUUUCUUGACAUGUUCGGUGACGUCGUGUUGGGGAUUCCACACGCCAAGUUUGAAGAGAAGCUAGAGAGGAUGAAGGAGAGCAAAGGAGUCAAAAACGAUACUGAGUUAAGCGCUGACGAUCUCAAAGAAUUGGUUGAGCAGUACAAGAGUGUUUACUUGCAGGUCAAGGGUCAAGAGUUUCCUUCAGAUCCGAAAAAGCAACUGGAGCUAGCGAUUGAAGCUGUGUUCGAUUCUUGGGAUAGCCCAAGAGCCAUCAAGUACAGAAGCAUUAACCAGAUAAGUGGACUGAAAGGAACCGCGGUGAACAUCCAGUGCAUGGUGUUCGGAAAUAUGGGGGACACUUCAGGAACUGGUGUUCUCUUCACCAGGAACCCUAGCACCGGAGAGAAGAAGCUCUAUGGAGAGUUUCUUGUCAAUGCUCAGGGAGAGGAUGUGGUGGCAGGGUUAAGAACACCAGAAGAUUUAGACACAAUGAAAAGAUUAAUGCCCCAGGCUUACGCGGAACUUGUAGAGAACUGUGACAUCUUAGAGGCACAUUACAAAGACAUGAUGGAUAUCGAGUUUACGGUCCAAGAGGAGAGGUUGUGGAUGCUGCAAUGCAGAGCUGGUAAGAGAACGGGUAAAGGUGCGGUGAAGAUAGCAGUUGAUAUGGUGAGUGAAGGUCUUGUAGAUAAAUCUACUGCAAUCAAAAUGGUGGAGCCUCAACAUCUUGAUCAACUUCUUCACCCACAGUUUCAUGAUCCGUCGGGGUACCGUGAAAAAGUGGUGGCGAAAGGCUUGCCGGCGUCUCCAGGAGCGGCGGUUGGGCAAGUUGUGUUCACGGCGGAGGAAGCCGAAGCUUGGCAUGCUCAGGGCAAGAACGUGAUCCUUGUUCGAACGGAGACAAGCCCUGAAGAUGUUGGAGGUAUGCACGCAGCAGAAGGUAUAUUAACAGCGAGAGGAGGCAUGACGUCACACGCGGCGGUUGUUGCUCGCGGUUGGGGAAAGUGCUGCAUCGCCGGUUGCUCAGAGAUUCGAGUAGACGAGAACCAUAAGGUUCUGUUGAUUGGAGAUUUGGCGAUAAAUGAAGGUGAGUGGAUCUCAAUGAACGGAACAACUGGUGAAGUUAUAUUAGGGAAACAAGCCCUGGCUCCUCCAGCUUUGAGUGCUGAUUUAGAGACUUUCAUGUCUUGGGCUGAUGCAGUCAGACGUCUCAAGGUUAUGGCGAAUGCGGAUACACCUGAAGACGCGACUGCUGCUAGGAAAAACGGUGCUGAAGGGAUCGGUCUUUGUAGAACCGAACAUAUGUUCUUUGGAGCAGAUAGGAUUAAAGCAGUGAGAAAGAUGAUAAUGGCGGUGACAACAGAGCAAAGGAAAGCUUCUCUAGACGUCUUGCUUCCUUACCAACGUUCUGAUUUUGAAGGCAUCUUCCGUGCAAUGGAUGGUUUACCAGUAACAAUCCGUUUGUUAGACCCUCCGCUUCACGAGUUCCUCCCUGAAGGUGAUUUGGACAGCAUAGUACAAGAGCUAGCUGCAGAGACAGGCAUGAAAGAAGACCUCAUCUUGUCACAGAUUGAGAAACUCUCUGAAGUCAACCCAAUGCUUGGUUUCCGCGGUUGCAGGCUUGGAAUAUCAUAUCCAGAGCUAACGGAGAUGCAAGCUCGUGCAAUAUUUGAAGCAGCAGCGUCAAUGCAAGACCAAGGUGUUACUGUUCUUCCUGAGAUUAUGGUUCCACUUGUAGGAACUCCUCAGGAACUGGGUCACCAAGUUGAUGUAAUCAGGAAAGUUGCAAAGAAAGUGUUUGUUGAGAAGGGUCAUACCGUGACCUACAAGGUUGGGACAAUGAUAGAGAUCCCUCGAGCUGCGCUCAUUGCAGAUGAGAUUGCGGAACAAGCAGAGUUUUUCUCGUUUGGGACAAACGACUUGACGCAGAUGACGUUUGGUUACAGUAGAGACGAUGUUGCCAAGUUUCUACCCAUGUACCUCGCCAAAGGAAUUUUACAGCACGACCCUUUUGAGGUUCUUGAUCAGAAGGGUGUAGGACAAUUGGUCAAGAUGGCGACAGAAAGAGGACGAGCGGCUAGGCCUAACCUCAAGGUUGGGGUAUGUGGAGAGCAUGGAGGAGAGCCAUCUUCUGUUGCAUUCUUUGCUGAAGCUGGACUUGACUAUGUUUCUUGUUCUCCUUUCAGGGUUCCCAUUGCAAGGCUGGCAGCUGCUCAAGUUGUUAUUGCAUGAUGGAAAAAAUUGAAGGCAUUAUUAUUCUGUUAAUAAAAUAGCUUUGGUUUUAAAAUUUCCAGGAAAAAAAAUGCACAAAACCAAAGAUACUGGAUAGUAUAACUUUCUUUUAAAACAAAGAAGAUAUGAAACUUCAUGUGUUCAUUGAAGAUGUUAAUAAAAGAGAAUAGUUUUGGAA